GGGCCAGAAGUUCUCUUUCUCAUCCACAGUUCUCGGCCUGCACGUGAGCGGAUCACCAGAGAGCCGCAGUCGCUGAUGUCGCCGAUACAGAAGGUCUCAUGGAGCUUGUCAAAGCGGCAGUGUUUUAUUUGUCUUUUCGUUCACAAUGCACUUUAGGAUUUCAAUAAGAUGUAUGUGUGUUUUGAGAUAGUGACUUUUCUUCUCGCGUUCAACUUCUACGAUUUGGUUCUUACUCAGGAUUCCUCCUGCUGCCACCAUGCUGAGGAGCUCUCACCAUGUUGGGAAGCAUGCGAUCAGCUCGCCACCAUAAAAAGUGAAUCCCGUUUGAAGCACCUAUUACAGCGAUUACCAAGCUACUGCCCUGAGUCUAUGAAUGAGCUUUGGAUCUGCAUCAACUCCACACUACCUGGGUCGUCCAGGAAGUCUGAUGGUUGGGUGGGCCUGGGCUGCUGUGAGCUGGCCAUCUCGGCCGAGUGCCGCAGGGACUGCAAGCAGGCAUCAUCCAAGACCGACAUCACAAGAGUAUGCAAAAAAGACACAGAGAAACCACUGCACAGCUGUAUCACCAAAAAUGAGAUGGGCUCGUUGUGCUGCAGCUAUGCAGGGAGACACACCAACUGCAGAGAUUACUGCCAGGCCAUCUUCCGGACAGACUCCUCCCCCACCGUCUCGCAAAUCAAGGCUGUCAAGGAAUACUGCCAGAGCAUCAGCCCCGAGCUCAUUGGCUGUGUGGGCAACUACACCAAGUCCUACCCAAUCAGGAGCCCAAUAGACAGCCUGUACUGCUGCGACCGGGCCGAUGAGCCCCACUGCCAGGUGGCGUGCCGGCGGAUCCUGCGCACCAUGACGACAGAGCACGAGAUAAUGGAGGGCCUGAUCGAUGAGUGCGGCAGCCAGCCACUGCCCCAGGACCCGCUGUGGCAGUGCUUCCUGGGCAGCGCCCACCCCCCCACCAAGAGCGAGAUGGAGACCUCACCUACCGCCAAGAUGGACGGUGCCAAGCUGCACUGCUGCUACAAAGCCAAUACCUCACUGUGCCGGGAUAUGUGUCAGGAGAUCAGCACCAACUGGGGAACUCAAACGUGGCAGGAGUUUGACCAGAUGUGUGAGUACAGCCCCGUGGAGAAACCCCUGGUCACCUGUCUGGCCGACGUCAGGGAACCCUGCCAACUGGGAUGCAAGGACCUGGGCUACUGCACCAACUUCAACAACAGGCCCACAGAGCUGUUCCGUAGCUGUAACGUCCAAUCAGACCAAGGCGCCAUGAAUGACAUCAAGCUGUGGUCCAAUGGGACGAUCAAGAUGCCCUUUAUGAACAUCCCCGUCCUGGACAUCAGGAAGUGUCGUCCGGAGAUGUGGAAGGCUGUGGCCUGCGCCCUGCAGAUCAAACCCUGCUACAGCAAGUCCCGCGGCAGCGUCAUCUGCAAGUCGGACUGUGUGGACAUCCUGACACAGUGUGGUGACCGCAGACGCUUCUACGAAGGACAGACGGCCGAGCGCAUCUGUGAGAUCCUGUCCCCCAUAGACGACCCUGAACACUGCGUCCCCCUGGAGAGAUACCUCACUCCUAGCAACCUGGGGAAUAUCAUUGAGGAGGUCAUCCACCCGUGUAACCCCAACCCCUGUCCCAGCAACCAGCUGUGUGAGGUGAACAGGAAGGGCUGCCAGCCUGGACAGGAUUGCCUGCCUUACUUCUGUGUGCCUGGCUGUAAACUGGGUGAGGCCUCAGAGUUCCUGGUCCACGUGGAUGCCCGUAUCCAGGUGCCCAUGCGUAAUGGCCAUGCGGGCUGCUUCGAGGUUUGUACCUGCGGACAGAGUGGCAGGCUGGAUAACUGUGCCGAGAUGCCCUGCAUCGACACCUCCAAGACCUGCGUUGUGGGGGGCCAGAGAAAAAACCACGGGUCGUCCUUCAGGGUGGACUGCCACCUCUGCUCCUGCUUUGCUGGAGAAACCAUUUGCUCCACCCGCCAGUGCCUGAGUGCUGAAAGUUCAGACGAGGACCGUCGCCUAUUCACAGGGCUCCCGUGUGGCUGCCCUGACCGUUUUGUGCCGGUGUGUGCCCGUAACGGCCGCACCUACCCUAGUGCCUGUGUGGCCCGCUGCAUGGACUUCAAAGACGACCAGUUUGUGUUUGGCCACUGCCACAGCAGUGACCCCUGCUCCCCCAGCCCCUGCCAGAGGAACCAGAGGUGUAUCGCCAACCGUAGAGUGUGCCUUACAGACAUGGCUGACUACCCCUGUCCUCAGUUUGAGUGUGUGGGUCGCCCCUCAGGUUGUGACAAGAGCCACGUGGACCCAGCAUGUGACACAGACAACGUGGAACAUCCCAACCUCUGUCAGCUCCUCCUGAUGAGCAAGACCUUGGCCUAUAUGGGCCACUGUCAGGACGCCUGUAAAAGGGCUCGGCCCGUGUGCGGCCACAAUGGCGAAACGUACAACACGGUGUGCGAGGCCUACUCGGACCGCGUUGCCGUGGACUACCAGGGGCGGUGCCAUGCCGUGGGGGCGGUGGCAGAGUUUGCCUCUGACUCAGGCUGUGACAUGAUCCCCUGCCCCGCCCUCUCCACCCCGGGCUGCAUCCCUGUCACACCACCUGGCGCCUGCUGUCCUCUGUGCGCGGGCAUGCUGCAGAUCCUGUGGAACAAGGAGCAAAUGAAAGUCUUCGCUAAGUUGAACAGGAAGCAACCAGUGACGGUCCAUGACAUCUUGAGGAUCCUGCGUCUCCACAUCUCCGUGCCGCAGUGUGACAUCUUCGGUUACCUGAGCAUCGACUCAGAGAUCGUCAUCCUCAUCGUCCCCGUGGACCAGCAGCCAACCCCACUGCAGGUUGAUCGGAUGAUGCAUGACCUGGAACCUAAUCAGCAUAGCGUACAGUACACCUUAGGGCCAAAUCAUCCCAUCAUGGUGUUGUGAGCAUUUUUGUUUCCUACAUAGAACAGAGCCCCUUUCAGGCAGCACCAGCAGCAUGUUCUCCCCCUACCCCCCACCCUACCCCGUCGCUACCCCCCACCCUACCCCCACGCCUGUCUAUAAACCCAGUGGAUUACACAGUGAUUACUGCAGAAAAGAGGAGGCAUUUGUUAACAAGCUGAGCAUUCACACAGAGGAUGCGUUUAGAGAUAUCGGGGAGCACACGGGAGACAUGGGGUGAAGUUCUGGAAGGGUCAUUUUUUUUUAGAGCCGCACCCGACCACGCUGGCCACAUCAAUUCCGAGCCCCACCCGAUACCUGACAUCAGGAGCAACCCGACCCGAUACCCGACAUCAGGAGCAACCCGACCCACCCGAUACCCGACAUCAGGAGCAACCCGACCCACCCGAUACCCGACAUCAGGAGCAACCCGACCCACCCGCAUAGAAUUGUUCCGAUCCGUGACUCGGCAAAUAACAUGAAUUUAUUUUAAAAAGAAAUUGGACUCCAGAAUAGUAGGCUGUUAUUCCCUUCCCUGCAUGAAUUCAUUUGUCUACAUGUCUAUUCAACAUUUGAAUAAAAGGUAACCAUACCUUCUAAUGAGCCCUCUUUACCUAAUGAAAGCAUAUAGCGACAUUCAAUAUUGUUUAGAUAAUCAAAUUGUUUAAUUGAAACUUAAAUAAACAAUUCCCAGAGUCGAAUACAUUGA